CGCUUCGGCCGCUCCGUGUCGAGGAAACCUCCCGUGAGCUUAGGCUGUGCCGAGAGACACCGUUCGAAAGCUACGCGGUGCUCCUGGUUCAAGGCCUCUCUUCCGGUGGCAGACAGGUUCCAGGAAUGAAGAUGUCUUCAUCACGGGGUCUGAUUCUGUAUCACGCGCUUCCUUCGUCAUACUCCCAAAAAGUUGUGUUGGCCCUGAAGUAUCUCAACCUGACGUACGAGAGUCGAUUGGUGAAUUUGUUCGACGGGGAGCAACUCGAACCUUGGUUCCUCGACCUGAACCCUAAAGGCGAAGUUCCCACAUUGAAGGAUGGGGACCUCGUGCUCACAGACUCGGCGGAUAUCAUUCAGCACCUCAACGACAGAUACGACACCCGCAGGUCUGACGAGAAACUGAUUCCGAAUCCCGUGACGCCUGUCGGGAGAUCUGUCGCUGAAGUGAAUCAACUGAUAUGCAGCGUGAAAACCUUCGUGCUCACCUUCGGAGCGGCGUUCCACCCUCAGCAUACGGAAAACUCGACGCUGAGCGAUGAAGAGUCGAAAGGUCGACGAGCAUUCGUGGAUAAAAUGACUGAAUGCAUCAGGGAGAAGCUGGCGGUUGCAAAGCCUCCGUACAAAGAAUCAUAUACUUACAAGCUGACGAAAAUAUCCACUGGCGGUGCCCUGCUAAAGGAUGAGAACGUGUUUCUGGCGGAACUGAAAAGCACUCGCGAAGUUCUCGAACGUAUCGAGGAUCAUCUCAGCCGGAGUCAAGGCAAGUGGAUUUUUUUCGACCACUUGACGCUGGCCGAUAUAUCCUUGGCGGUCCUACUCUACCGCAUCAAGAAACUCGGGCUACAACACCACUUCUGGGCUGAAGGAUCUUUACCUAAUGUAGCAUCUUAUUUGGAUCGAGUUUUGAAAGAUCCAACCGUCGCUGAAUCACUCUCCUAAUCUCGUGGUGAAGAAGCUUUCCAGGGGAAAUAAAUCAUUGGUAUGGCUUCCAA